AUGUUCACGACGAAUUUUUUCCCGUCGUCCUCUGUUGAAGACUGGCACGUUGUUCCGUGCACAGGCAUGGAUGUGGCGAUGCGUGACUACGUGCUCACCACCGGUUUUGUGGUCAACAAGAGGCUCGACGCAAAGAAACUUGAAGACACUCUGCAAUCUGUUGUCGAAGCCAAAUUUCCGCGUGCUGGAGCUCGUUGGGUUAAGAGGGGUGAUGUGCAUGAAUUCUUUAUCCCCAAGAAGUUCAAUGCCGACAAAAGAGCCUGUUCAUUCACGACUACUAACUACGAGGAGACUUAUAAUUCCAACCCCAACCGUCCGCCCAUCGAUCACCUCCGGUCCGCGCAUCUCCAAACCAAACCAUUCAUUUGUCGACCCACUCCACCCGAAUUCGACGACUUGUUCCUUGCCCCAACAUUUCCUCGUAGCCCGAAGAAGUUUGUGAACACGGGCAUACCGCUCUUGCAUGUCCAUGCUUCGGUGUUUGACGAUGUGACGUUCAUAGGCGUCAGCGCUGCCCAUGUGUUGAUUGAUGGCGCUGGGACCAGCACCAUUGUCGAGGCCUGGACCAGGGUGCUCAAUGGAGAGAGUAUUGACAACAUCCAAGGACAGCCCUGGAACGAAGAUUUGAAACUCGUCUCUCUUCCACCCGAGAAAGGAAAUACCCAUAGCGUGGCUUUUGCCAACGCGUUGUCGCUCAUCCAGGCAAUAUCGCUCGUCUUACGGAUGAUCUAUCGCAUACUUUUCGAUCGCACUGACGAGCCGAGAUAUGUGGGCAUACCAAAGGUGUUUUUGGCUGAGAAAAAAAAGGAAGCCAUGGAUGAAUUGAGGGCCCAGGGCUCCACAGAAUUCGUUGGCAGCCACGACCUCCUCUAUGCAUGGUGGCUGAAAGAAAUAUACGCCAGCCAGCUGGUCUCCGAUACGGCCAUGCUCUACCCGGAAUUCAUUCUGGAUAUUCGAAAGCGACCUAUCUUUGACGAUGGGAAGCCACUUUCAACUCCAUACAUCAACAACGCGACCACGCGGGUCUAUGUUCCCCCAUUCAGCUUCGCAGAGCUGCGCUCCUCCUCCCUUGGUCAACUUGCCCUGGGUAUUCGCCGGGCCAACAUAGAGUAUACUUCCGAUCCCACUCUCAUCGCGUCCAACGUGACCUGGCGGUUGCGUAAUCCACUCGCGGCUGAGUUUCCCUGUUAUCCUGGCGGCUUCUGGGCCGUCCAAUCAGAUUGGCGCCAGUCGUCGUUUGCACAGAUGGACUUUUCCGGCGCCGCAUCUCCGGCCUGCAAAGCGGAGGAGCCAACGCGCGUUGAGUUCGUCAUGGUCGGGAUGCUCACCGAUAUCCCGCUGCCAGUGCUAAGGUGGACGCAUUACGUGGUGAUGGAGGAUGAGAAUCUGGUGUGGAUGCAUUUCUCGCGCGGGGUGAAGGAGUGGGAGGCGAUGCGCCGAAUGGGAAGGGUAUUUUUUGUGUGA